UCUCACCAUCAGACAUGGACAUCUGCUGCUUCAGUGUCGGAGCUGCAGCUCUCUACCUACUCACUGUGCUGUGGAAACUUAAAGAUGGCCGUGAGGCCGGACACAGGCCUGGGGCCCUCGUCUGGGCCCUUGUUGCGGCCCUUCUAUAUUUUACUGGCUCUCCAGGUUUCUGCGGGGUGGUCCUCCUCAGCUGCAGCCUCGGCCUGAUCUGUGAGACCCUGAGGAGGUCUGAGCUGCUGCCGGUGCAGAGCAGAGCGGUGCUGAUCACAGGAUGUGAUUCGGGCUUCGGUCACGCCCUGGCGACGCGGCUCAGUGAGAUGGGGGUGAAGGUGUUCGCAGGUGUGCUGGAUGUCAGCGGAGCCGGAGCCCGGCGGCUCAGAGAGCGAGGAUCCGAGAACCUGCAGGUCCUUCAGCUCGAUGUGACAGACAGCUCCCACAUAGAGACAGCGCGCCAGUACGUCCGCGCUCAGGUGGGACACACAGGUUUGUGGGGUCUGGUGAAUAACGCAGGAGUCCUUCACUGCCCCGCGGACGCGGAGCUCCUGCCGGUCUCAGCCUGCAGACGCUGCAUGGAGGUGAACUUCCUGGCAGCUGUCAACAUGUGUCAGGUCUUCCUCCCUCUGCUGAGACGGUCUAGAGGACGCAUCGUCAACGUGUCCAGCCUGGCAGGCGACGUGCCCAUGCCCCUGUUUGCUGCUUACGGAGCAUCGAAGGCAGCUCUGAGUGUUUUCUCCAAGGUCCUGAGGCUGGAGCUGGCUCUGUGGGGCGUGGGCGUGGCCUUAAUCCAACCUGCAGGCUUCAGAACAAAUAUCUUUGGAAACAGCGACGACAUCGGUCGCUACAGAGACGAGAUCCUCGCAGCCAUUUCCUCUGAGGCCAGAGAGGACUAUGGAGAGGCGUACAUCUCGUCCGUCUCCAGCUGUCUGUCCAAAAUGUCCCAGCAGUCAGCAGAGGACCUGUCUCCUGUAGUAGACGACAUGUGUCACGCUCUGCUGUCAGUCCGUCCCAGACCUGUGUACACCCCCGGACAGAUGGGAUGGCUGCUGCCAUUUCUUCACCGCCACUGUCCCACCACCUUGUUCGACCUCAUCAUCACGAGUUUUCCCAAAUUCACCGACUGCAACCCAGCGGGACUCAGGAGGAGCUGAGACAAGUCCCCAGAGUCCAUGUCUUCUAAUGACUUUACCUUCCAUUCCUCGCUCUCUGGGGGUGGAACACAGCUUUAGUCUGGUUCAAUCAGCAGUUUGUUUCCUUUUUGCAUUUUUUUGUACUUGAAUUUUGUGCACACGUUUUGUUUAUCUGCACCUUUUUUCCUGUUUUUCUUGUGAGCUGCCUAACAAGUACAUACAUCAAACCUAAAGCAACUUCACAUCCACCGCUCCGUCUUGUUUUACUAGUGGAAGAAUAAAUGAUCUGGACCCAGGAGGACUCUGCACAGAGCGGCUCGGCUCUUUUUUAAUCACCUGACAUAUGACACAUGGAUGCACUGAGCUGUGUUUAAUGAAAAUCGUAACGACACUGUAUGUUCACAGCUCUCACUGAAUCUCAGAGAUACAACU